AUGGCGGGGGUGGGGACGCUGCGUAGCUCAUUGCCAUACCCGCGAGCCCAUUGGGCACCACCCUAUGCCACUGAGGAAGAGGAUCCUUUCCUCACUCAGAAGCCCAGCUCCUGGAAGAUGGAGAUGCUCGGAGCAGAAUCCCCUGCCCACCUCUGCAAGGUGGACCCUCCUGCCCAGCCUCCAAGUAGGAAACUGGCUGGAGUGGCCCACGGCAGCAGAGUGCAGGGCCAAGGGAGAGAAGAUGACCCUUUGGACUGUGGGGCAAAAGCCAGAUAUGAACUCUGGGGUGGGUGCCUUGCUGGGUCAUUGGGAAAGAAGCCACUCAAGAGACCUACCAGGAGCAGGAAACUUCAGCAAAGAAGGCUGCAGGGGCACCCUCAGGUGCUCAUGCAGGGCUUGGGGUGGGUCUUAUCAAAGGAACAGUGGAGAGCUACUGCCCAUGUCCAGUGCCCAGGCAGUGGCCUUCAGAUGUUCACUGAUGAACAUCUCUCCCACAAAGAGUCAGCUCCAGAGCAUCAAGGCUGGGCCACGACCUGCUCCUGCAAUCAGACUCUCCUGUCCUCAGCACUCCCUUCCACCCACGGUGAUCCCUGCAGCAGUGGGAAACCCCGGCCAGCAAGCUUGGGUGUGAAGAUAAAGGAAUGCAAGGCAAGGGGGUCAGUGAAAAGUCCCACACCCUCGACUGGUCUGAACGAUUUUGGAGGGAGAAACAGAUGUUGUGUGAUAGCUCUGAAUUUUUCAGGAGUUACUCCUGAAAUAAUUACAGAUCGGGAAUCAUACAGUCAAAAGUCAUCUUCAUUUGAGUCAGUUUGGCAAAAUAAAGCUUUUGGGUCCUCCAUCUGCAGUGGCACUGCCGCCAAUGUGCAGAUUUUCGUGAAGACCCUGACGGGGAAGACCAUCACUCUCGAGGUCGAACCCUCGGAUGUAAUAGAAAAUGUAAAGGCCAAGGUACAGGACAAGGAAGGAAUUUCCCCUGACCAGCAAAGACUGAUCUUUGCAUGCAAGCAACUGGAAGAUGGACGUACUUUGUCUGACCACAACACUCAAAAGGAGUCCACACUUCAUCUUGUGUUGAGGCUUCGUGGUGGUGCUAAGAAAAGGAAGAAGAAGUCUUACACCACUCCCAAGAAGAACAAGCAUAAGAGAAAGAAGGCUAAGCUGUCUGUCCUGAAAUACUAUAAGGUGGAUGAGAAUGGCAAAAUCAUUCGCCUUCAUCGGGAGUGCCCUUCAAAUGAAUGUGGUGCUGGAGUUUUUAUGGCCAGCCGCUUUGACAGACAUUGUGGCAAAUGUUGUCUGACCUAUUGUUUCAACAAACCAGAAGACAAGUAA